AUGGCGAACUACACUUUAAUGACUUUCGACAACGAGAUCCCAAAAGGCCCAUUUAAAGGAGCCCUCUCACAGGUCACUGAAGCAGGCUUUGGGCCUUUAUGCGAGCUCCGCAACAGAGCGUCGCGUUUCCCUGGUCCAUCUCGUUUCCCUACCUCCAUAUAUAUAUACGCCGCUCGCUUCUUGCCUACGGCGAAGGGUGGGAACGAGCAGGGCGGUGCCCGGAUCUUCGGCCCCUCCCAGAAGUACUCCUACCGCGGCCUCGCCUCCCACAUUAGCCUCAAACCGAGGGAAGAAGAGCAGGGUAUCCAGGAUGAGUUGCCGAAGCAAAACCUCCGAAAGGAGUUGGAAGAGUGCGAGCGGAGACACUUUGCCUCCAAGGCUAAGUCUUGUACUGAAGAUAGAGAACGAAGGAAAGGUGGGCAGGUACUUUGGAGGGAACAAGGAGAAAAGCUGAAGAUAAAACUGUUCAGAGUGAUAAUGAUGCUGAUGAUCCUGAUGCAUAAGUCAAAGAUGAUGCAGAGAGUGAUGGCAAUGAUGAUGAUGAUGAGGAUGAUUAAAGCCCUGUUAGCUGAGCUUGAAAGGAUAAAGAAAGAACAAGCCAAGCAAAAACUAAGCAAGGAACGACUUCAACAAGCUGAAGCACUAAAGGAUAAAGAAGCUUAGUUGAUGCGAGGAAAUCCACUGAUCAAUAUUAAUAAUUCAUCUUCCUUUAGUAUCAAAUGGUUAUCUUAGUAAUAUUUGUUUGCAUUUUGUAGUAAGUAACAAGGUUUAUGUUGUAGUACUCAUUCCAUUUCGUGUGCUGCAGGUGGGAUGAUGAUGUUGUCUUCAAAAACAAGACUCAUGGUGAAACAAAGACCUCGUAGCAUUUCAUCAAUGAUACCAUUAGAAAGGUGGAACAUUUCAUCAAUACCAUCAGAAAGGACUUCCACCGCAACUUUUUCGCAGAAGCACAUGAGAUAAUUCAGUACAGUGUUUUGGGAUUUCUUUUGGCAAAUCAAGAACAUUUAGUAAAUCUGUUACUAGGCUUCGAAACCUAGCUCAUUAAUUUAGCCCAUGAUGGGCUUUAAUAAUUCACAGCUCAUAUUAGUCAUUUUACUCUUUCUCUUUUGACCUAGACACGAAGAAAAAAGGGGCUUGCGACUGUUGCGGAUGUGGUUUAUAGAGAUUGUAGCAGUGGCGAUUGAGGGCAGAGGAACAAGAGAAGAAGAAAAACAUAGAGGUUGUUCUUAAGUAUCUGAAUAAUAUUCUAGUCUCAUGUUUGAUCAGAUUUAUAAUAGACUCUUAUUGUGAUCACGGAAGGAGAUUUUGGAUAUUGUGCAUGGUGAUGUAAUUCUUGUCUCUUUAUUAUUCUCUUGUAAUUAUUGCUCUGGUUUUGAGCAAGAAACUUCGAGAUUUAUACUUUUAUUAUUUUUAUAGUGGAUUUGUUUCUUUAGUUUA